CUCUAAUAGAAGUCCUACCAAAUGACCGAUGAAGAAGGUGAUAUGCCCUGACAUCUUUCGUUUUGACUUCUUACUGUCAUCCUUAUAUGAUUCUUUUUCAUUUUCUUCCUCCCUCUCCUCUUCUUUCAGGUUCUUCGAUUCUGGAUGACUCUCCGAUCGAGCAAGUUCGGUUGACAGUCCCACCAACAGAUGAUAACACAUUGCAGGUCUUGACAUUCCGAACAUGGCUUAUCGGAAUCCCCAUUUGCAUCCUCGGGUCCGUAAGUGCAGCAUUAUCCUUUUACCGACAGCAAAUGUUCUAUUUUUCACAUGUCUGCAUCAACAUGAUGGUGUUCAUUGCUGGGAAACUAAUGGCUAACAUGCUACCGAACAAAGUGAUAAUAAUGUCGUACACAAACUGGAGUUUCUCGUUGAAUCCGGGACCCUUCAACUUGAAAGAACAUGUGGCGACCACCAUGUUGGCCGGCACGGUAAGUGCUUCUGCCGGCUUUGAAAUAUUAACCAUAUCCAAGAUCUUCUACCACAAGGAUAUCCCGUUACUGCCGGCCAUACUGCUGGUACUAUCGAUUCAGUUUCUCGGAUAUGGGUUUGCUGGCAUAUUCAUGAAGUUGCUAGUGCACUCGCCCUAUAUGUGGUGGCCUUCGACUCUAGUAGACGUCGCCUUCUACAGAGCAUUACACGAGCCGGAGAAAAGAGCCAAGGGAAAAUUGUCACGAUAUCAGUUCUUCAUCAUAGUUAUCGUUGCAAUUUUUACCUACAGUAUUGUUCCUGUUUACCUUUUUCCUUCUAUCACGGCUCUAUCAUUCGUUUGUUGGAUAUGGAAAGACUCGAUAACUGCACAGCAAAUAGGUUCUGGAUUCAAUGGAUUAGGCAUAGGCUCUUUUGCGUUGGAUUGGAUGACCAUGUCAUCCUACAUGGACAGUCCUCUGGCAGUUCCUGCAUUUGUGGUCGUCAACAUGAUGGUCGGAUUCAUUCUUAUUCUUUAUGUUCUAGUACCAUUAUCUUAUUGGAAUAAUGCUUACGAUGCCAAACGCUUUCCUAUUUUUUCAUCAAGUAUUUUUGACAUCGAUGGGCAAUUUUACAAUGUGUCCCGGAUUUUAGAUGAGAAGUCACUCACAUUCAACGAAGAAGCAUAUAACAAUUAUUCGAAAUUAUACUUCAGUGCCUCCCUUAUGUGUAGUUAUGGUUUUAGCAUGGCUUGUUUUACGUCAAGCAUCUCUCAUGUUGCUCUCUUCUAUGGGAGGUAGGAACUGUAACUUUUU